AUUGUAAAUACAUUGUUGUAUCAGCGUUGCAGUGUGCGGAUAGGUUAAGUUUCGGAGUUCACAAUUAGAGAAAACGUGAUCUAUCUUGUUUCAGAGAGAUACGAAUAUUAAUUUUAAAGCGUUGAAUGAAUAUGCUUUUAUCGAAAUAUGAGAUAAUUUGACAAUUUUUGGUGUUUACAAAAAUAAGCAGUUUGUCGCAUAAAAAUAAAACUGUUAUGUAUUUUUGAACGUGACGCUAAAAUUAUUUCAAAAUGAGUGAAAAUGAAUCUAUGUAUGGGACAACUUUGUCUCAAGAAUCUAUCAAAGUUAUCGCGGAAAGUAUUGGCGUUGGUAAUUUCCCGGAUGAGGCUGCAAAGGAUCUUGCAGAGGAAGUGAGUUACAGACUGAAAGAAAUUGUUCAGGAUGCUGUAAAAUUUAUGAGACAUGGAAAACGCCAACGAAUGACUACUCAUGACAUAGAUCACGCAUUGAAAAUAAAAAACAUUGAGCCAACAUAUGGAUUUUUUGCCAAGGACCAUGUGCCGUUUCGCUUUGCAUCAGGCGGCGGUAGGGAAUUGCAUUUUGUAGAAGAGAAGGAAAUUGAUCUCAACGAGGUUGUAUCUAUGGCUGGUGGACCAACAUGGCCUAAGCUACCUCUGGAAAUUACAUUGCGUGCUCAUUGGUUGUGUAUUGAUGGUGUACAGCCUACUAUACCAGAAAAUCCACCACCAGUAUCAAAAGAUGCCCAGAAACUGGAGAGCGUCGACCCGACGACCAAGCUUUCCAGCAAAAAUCAAAAUAUUGGCGUUGGGAAACCGGGUGGUGGUGGAAAAAGUCAGAAGUUACGGAAUGUGGAGACAGUUCAUGUGAAACAGCUCGCAACACAUGAGCUUAGCGUGGAACAGCAAUUAUAUUACAAAGAAAUAACGGAAGCUUGCGUUGGGUCUGAUGAAGCUCGCAGAGCCGAAGCUCUUCAGUCCCUCUCGGCAGAUCCGGGUCUACAUGAGAUGCUGGCUCGUAUGUGCACCUUCAUCGCGGAGGGUGUGCGAGUUAAUGUAGUACAAAAUCAUCUUGCAUUGCUUAUCUAUCUCAUGCGGAUGGUUAAGGCUUUACUUGAUAAUCCGAGUCUCUACUUGGAGAAAUAUCUUCACGAGCUGAUACCAUCGGUUGCGACCUGUAUAGUUUCUCGACAGUUAUGUAUGAGACCAGACGCAGACAAUCACUGGGCGUUGAGAGACUUUGCUUCGCGGCUGAUGGCGCAAAUAUGUAAAAAUUUUAAUACCUCAACGAAUAACGUACAAACUAGAGUCACCCGUAUGUUUAGCCAAGCAUUGGCGAAGAAUCAGCAGACACCGCUAGCGUCCCUUUAUGGAGCGAUUGAGGGGCUUUGUGAAUUAGGACCAGAGGUGAUCAAAGCUUUGGUUAUUCCCAAAAUUAAAUCCAUCUCCGACCGCAUUGAAUCGUGCAUCGAGGGGCAAGGACUAUCCAGCGUGGACAAGAAUGGAGCAGGACACAUUAAAACUUUGCUUGUGAAAUCGGUUGCUCCAGUCUUAAAGACGAUACGAUCGCCACCGGAUUAUGUGGAAGAGUACAAACAGGAUUAUGGAUACAUAGGUCCUGCGUUAUGCGCUGCAGUCGUGAAAGCUCGCACACAACCGGCCGCUCUAACAACCACAGCUGCAACAACUACGGCGAUAACGACAAACCAACAAGGUUCUAACUGCACAGGAAAAACGCUCGUUCAAACAGUGGCCAGUCCGAGUCCCGGGCAGCAAGCAGGUCGCACGAUUAUGCUUGGCGCGAGUAGAAAUGCCAGCGGAACCGCCGCCACUGGCGGGCAGAAAUUUGUUAUUCUGCAAUCGCGCUCGCAGACACCCACUGCCUCUAAUAUAAAUACUGGUACAACAAUUCAACAAACGCAGCAGCCGCAGACGCAACAGCAACAGCCGCAACAACAGCAGCAGUCGCAGCAGCAGCAACAAGUUAAAUUAGCACAGACCAAUGUCGGCCAGCAAAAGACGCACCUGCAAGGUUCUACACCAAAACUGGUUGUAGUAUGCAUGCCGACCAGUAGUCACACUAAUACAUCAAUAACGCAGCAAGCAAAUCUGGCGGCAAAAACGCAAAGUGUUUUUGUUACACAGCAGAGUGUCGAGAGAUCACUCAGUCCAGAAGAAGAGCACACGUUUUAAUGAAGAUAUGUGAUGAAACAAAAAUAGAACUUCCAAAACCUUCCUUAAUUAAUGCAAUUAAUACACUUUAUAUAAGAACAGAUAUGCAAUUCAUACAUUUUAGAUAAGAUUAGCGCAGAUAUAUAUAUAUAUAUAAAAUAAACUUUUACAGAAAUUGGGACAAGAAAUACUUAUAUAUAAAGACAUACUU